AUGUUUGAGCUCAACGAUGAGGAAGAGUUGGCCCUGUCCGAUGAGGAAGAACCAGAAGACCACGAUGGUCCAACACCCGACCCCCUGACCCGUCGCCUGCAAUUCUUGGAGAAACAAAGUUCGUUGAUGGUGAAGCUGAUGUCCAAGCUACCGGGAGCACCUAUAUCGGUGGAGACCGAGCCGAUCAACGGUAUAAAAAACUGUGAUGUCAAGACAGCUAUCGAAGCCUUCAAAAGAGGUCUCAUCCCUAAUUCUGAGUUGUACCGGGAGAUCACCAAAUAUCCAUGUGCGGCGUUCGAAGAGGCUAGAUCUAAAGCUUGUGCCCAGAUGCGCUUGGAUGACGACGAAGCAACCCGGACGACAAAACCACGAUCAACAGGGGGCAGCAACAACAGACGAUCGUACACCCCGAGGAACAACAGUUGGCGACAACAACCAUACAAUCGGCAAAACCAGGUACAAAAUUUCAAUCAAUAUAAUGGAGGUCGCAUAUCUGUUAAAGCGGGGGCACUUAAAAGAGCUGCUGAGCGACUAGGGCUAGGAGACCUACAACAAGGAGAAGACCAACUAGGCCAACCCAACGCCAAUCACCGAUCAGAGCCACCGCAUUACAAUAAAGUGGUAAAUGUUAUUUCUGGUGGUUCAAAUAUGUGUGGACUAACCUCUUCUGCAGCUAAAAAGAUAAACAUGGGAGAUCCUAGAGCCGUCAAAGAGGGGAAAACCGAGAAUGAGACUGCACUCGACAAAUAUCUUAUAGCCAUGUCGAUAACCUUUGACGACUCAGAUUCAGUCGACGCACACCAGGAACAUCACGAAGGAUUAGUAAUAGCGCUUCCCAUCGGCAACACCCUGAUCAAAAGGAUACUAAUCGACAACGGGAGUUCUGCAAACGUGCAAGCUUUGCAAGAAAUGAGGCUGGCCGAGAAGAACAUAGUCAGAAGGUCAACAAUUUUUGUAAGGAUUAGUGGAGAGUUGAUGCGCACAGUAGCGGAGAUAUCUUUGCCUACAUACGCAGAAGGCGUCAACAUAAUGACCAAGUUCAACGUCGUAGACUGCCCGUCAGCAUACAAUGUCAUUUUGGGGAGACCUUAG